AUGAUUUUUCCUUCUCUUACUCAUUUUUUUUGUCACUUCUUUCCUUCGUCUCGACUAUUCGUUUAUGUUUUUGAAUUGACGUUUCUUCUUUUUAUUUGUUUUCAUUUUUUUUAUUUUAUUUCAGUUUUCCUCUCUUUUUUUUCUUUUCACUUUUCCUUUUUAUUAUAUUCUUUUUCUCUCUCUCUAAACUCUUUGUUUUCAUUUUUUUUUUGUUUUAUGGUGCUCUCUAUCUUUCUUAUUUUUGCCGCUUGGUCUCUUCUUUCUUUCUUUCUUUCUUUCUUUCUUUCCUUUUGUCUGUCUAUUUUCUUAUUUUAUUUCUGUCUUAUUUUACGUUUUGUUUGUUAUUUUCUUUCUUUCAUACGUUUUUUCUUUUUUGUUCUUUCACCUGUCCAACAGUUUUUUUUUCUUUUUCUCUUUCUUUGUCUUCAUAUUUUCUUAAUUUAUUUUUUGUUUUGUUUUCAUUUUCUUCCCUUCUUUCAUGUGGUCGUCGUUUUUUUUAACUUUUCUGUCCUUCUUUCUUUCUUUCUUUCUUUCUUUAUUUAUUUAUUUAUUAUUCCUUCCUCCUUCCCUCCUUUCUUCUUUCUUUCUUUUUUCAUUUUUUCCUAUCUCUUUAUGAGUCUAAAGUUACCUUUUUUUUUCUUUUUAUAUAUUUCUUUAUUUGUAUCUGUAUGUUUUUCUGUUAUUCUGUCUUCCUUCUUGCUUCCAUUUUCUUUCUUUCUUCUUUUAUUCAACAAUCUCGCUUUAUAUUACUUCGUUCACUCCUUCUUUAACACUUUCGAAUCGGGACGUCAGAAUUAA